GAGAUGAAAGACCUGUUGGAAUUGCAACAGAAACAUGAGGCUACAAAUAAUGCAUCGCCAACUAUAAGACUUCAGAUUCCGUUUCAUCCCCCGACCGUAUUGCCAGCUUCACCAGUAAAAGAGGAAGUCAGUAACAAAGAAGGAGAUUCUACAGCUAUAGCCAAGCAAGUACAGCCUGUAAACCAGUUGCAUAGUGAAAAUCGAGUUGUGGUAAUAGAUCUGGUCAGAAAAUGGGGUCUAAAAUAUGAUGGAGGCAAAGAUCCAUUAGGCUUUAUAGAGCGUGCGGAAGAACUGUCCGAUAUGUACAACGUUGAUUUAGACCAUCUACCGCGAGUGAUGCCAGAAUUUUUUAAAGAUAAAGCACUAAUUUGGUUUAGAAACAACAACAAACAUUGGGAAAGGUGGUCAAUGUUUAAAAAAGAUUUCUAUGCUUUCUUUCUUCCUACACGUUACUUUGAAAAACUAGAGGAUGAGAUCCGCAAACGUACCCAGCGUUCACGUGAAACAUUCAAGGAAUACGUGCUUGCUCUUCAAGAUUUAAUGCGACACUCAAAUUUGGUGGAAGAUGAAAAAAUUGAGAGAAUCUUCAGAAACGCCCAUCCGGACUACCAAUGGUACAUUCGAAGAAAGGAUUUCAGUACAUUAAAUGAAUUAAUGCAGCUAGCAGAUGACUUAGAAAGCAUUCCUACCCAUUCACAACACUGGCGUGGAGAGCAUCAUCGAAUGGUGACCACAAAAAUGGACCAUGUUGUACGUCAACCAAAUCAAGGAUGUCAUGGAAACAAACAUAUAAAAAUCAAACACGCUUAA